AUGGGAAAAACAACAAUGUUUUCAUCCAUUAGUCAUGUCUUAUUGUUACUUCUACUUUGCUUUUUUCUCCAGAAACCCACCCAAGCUAUCAAAAAAUCCUAUGUUGUAUACUUAGGACAACAAUCUUAUGGUUCAAGACUUUCAGUUCUUGAUGUUGAAUCUGUCACAAAGUCUCAUUAUACUAUGCUUGGAUCAUAUAUUGGAAGCACCGAGAAGGCGAAAGAAGCUAUAUUUUACUCUUAUAGUAAAUAUUUUAAUGGCUUCGCGGCAAUGCUUGAGGAAGAUGAAGUUGUAAAGAUUUCGAAGAAUCCAAAUGUGUUGUCAAUUUUCUUAAACAAACCACGAGAACUUCACACAACUCAUUCAUGGGAUUUUCUUGGAUUGGAAAGAAAUGGUGUUAUUUCAAAACAUUCAUUAUGGAGCAAAUCUAAAGGAGAAGAUAUAAUUAUUGGGAAUUUAGACACCGGUAAUAAAUUCUAG